CAACUUGAAGUUUGGCGGCCGAUGAACUGCAAAUGGCCAGCAAAGUAGAGUAGGUCGUCGCUGAUAUUGCACUUUGAAUAAAAUUUUUGACUUUAUAUUGACUGUAAAAAGUGAAGUGAAUAUUCGACCUGCUGCCUAUUAUAAUGGCAGCCAACUCUAUCAUCACGGAUAAAGCGAAGUCCCAAAAAUGGAAAACGCCGAACGAGAUUUUGAAAUUACAAAGACUGCAACAGAAGAAAAAGGCACUACAAGCUCGGCUGAGCAGAUCACAAACACAAAAUACCCAGAAUGAGGCGAAGUCUGAGGCCGUCCCCUCUCAAAAGAGGAAGAAUCCAUUUCUGAAGAACUCAAAUGAAAAUGCAAAGAGGCCGAAAAUCGAACCAGAAAGUCCGCCACACAACGAGGAUACGGUUUUCCAGCUGAUCCAGCAAACAGAAGCGCCAAAGCCCCCACCCAAGCGCCAAUUUGACAUUUUCAACAACUACGAGGAGCAGGAAGAGACUGAAAUCGAGGAGCAGAAAUUCAAUCCGCACCUCGCUAUUGACUGGAGCAUAAAAUCUCGACUUCGCAUCUUCUGUAAAGAGUCCUUGCCGGAAACAAGUCUGAAAACCAGCCAGGAAGCCAGUGGGCUCACAAGUUUCGUCAGAUGUAUAGACCCGAGUGAUUCCUCGACUGGGCUGGACAUAUCCCCGAGCGCCCGCUUCUAUCAGAGCGCUCUUUACUGGCAGCACCCGUACUUGCCAUGGAUGACAUUGUUCCCGCGCAAUUCGAAGUCCAACAACGGACCGAUCGUCGGCGAAGUGGAGCGAGCGAGUUUACUCAAAGACUGGACUGAAAGUUUCCGCGGCCUCUUCCAACUGGUACGGGCGAGGCAGUGUCCGUAUUUCUACGUGUGUGCUAAUACUUUUACAGUGCUUUUCCGAGCUGCAGGCAUAUGUGGGCGAGUUGAAACUCACGCUCUUCUCUCGCCUAGCACCAGAGGCAUGCGGAAUGCCCUGCGACAAGAGGAAAUAGAAUUCACCCAACCGCUGAAGAAGGAUGCAAACUUGAAUCGCUCCGGAGAGGGGAAUAGCAGCUUUUCAAACCCUUCUGACGACGGCACGCAGGAAUCAACUACUGACCUCCCAGAACAAGAUGACGAUGAUCUUGAUGAUGAUAAAUGGUUGGAAAGUUUAGGUGUGGACGCUAAAGAAAUCAAGAAGAUAAACGCUCUUAACUCGAGGCUGCUCCUGAACAAAGAAUCCGCCGAGGACGCAAGUGACAAUUCGCUCGUUCUGAUAGAAGGGAUCGAGUGCCAAGCUUUCUUUAACUUUUUAUUGAACGCGAAGAGUACAAUUGCAACCGUUGGUCGGCUGGCAGGCGUACCCCCAACUUUGCUCGCUCCAGUUGCGUUCCCUGGUGCUACCAUGCGGAGCCUGCAGACGCGAUCCACAAAAGUUAGAAUGGAUGGAACUGACUAUUCUAGUGUCGAACUGAAGGGAGUAAUCCUUCCGCAUGUGCUGCAAUAUCAGUGCAAUCUGCUCGCCGAAAUGCGGGACUCGUUCAGUGCAACAAUGGCUGUGAAUACGAAUACGCUGGCGUUUUGUAAGGCUUCCAAAAUCAUUGCCGAGGAGGUGGCGAAGGAGAACAAGACGUCCGAUCAGGUUUUCGGCAAAGAGAACCUCUCCGAUUGCGGUCUACAAAGCAAAAUUUUGGACUCAAUGUGUCGAGUAGGCACCGACGCUGUAGAUAUUAUCGAGAGGAUGUGCUAUUGUAAGGAACAGGGUGGGUAUUCGUGGAGCUGAUUGGGGAUUGGAUUUAAUUUAUUUUGUAAUUUAUUUAAUGUAAUGUAUUGCGUAAGGUAGCAGUUUUUAAGUUGACGUUAUUGUAUUAUAAAUACACAGUGAAGACGA